GCCGAUAAGCCUUAUUCUAAGUCUUUUGACUUUUCAGAAGAUUUUCUACCUACACUCGAUCGAGAAAAUGAAGGCUUUACUUAUCCAAAUUAUCUCCGAGGAGAGCAUGAAGCCCUCUUCUCCAACUCCACCCCACCUCCGCCAUUACCAGCUCUCCUUUCUCGAUCAAAUUGCACCCCCAGUUUUUAUGCCUUUGGUUCUCUUCUUCCUUAUUUUAGAAGCCCAUAAGAGUCUGACCAACUUGCGCAAACUGCAGCUUAAGAAAUCCUUGUCCGAGAUUUUAACCCGAUUCUACCCACUAGCAGGACGGGUUAAGGACAAUCUCUGUAUUGAUUGCAACGACGAGGGUGUCCACUAUGUUGAAGCCAAAGCCAACUGCCAACUUGUUGAAUUUCUGGAGGAUCCAGUUCCAGCUGAGCUCAACAAGUUUCUACCUCUAGCGCUGGACGAUGUCAAGGAUUUAGCUGCAGUCGUUCAAGUCACCUCGUUCAACUGCGGUGGGAUUGCUAUCCGUCUUGGCAUGUCCCACAAGGUUGCGGACGCCUUGUCAUUUUUCACGUCUCUCAACAGUGGGAACAUAAGUCGGGUGGCGAUCUCUGUACCGUCUAUGGAUACCGAUCAUCCUGGCGAGGGUCAUGGCAUCGUUAACCAAGUUAGGGAGUCUAUAAGGAAAGUGAACGUGGAUUCCGUGAAGGAACUCGAGAAUGAGGGGCACUUGAACUUCAUCAAAGAGCGAGCCGCAAGAAUAACGAAAGGAGAGGUGGAAUCAUUCAGCUUCACCAGCUUGUGCAGGUUUCCUAUAUAUGAAGCUGACUUUGGGUGGGAGCCGGUCUGGGUUGGCUUUGCAAGGUUGACGUUCAAGAAUCUGGUCACUUUUGACACCAAGUCAGGGAAUGGAAUAGAGGCUUGGAUUAACCUGAAGGGGGAGGACAUGGCUAGAUUUGAAUGGGAUGAGGAGCUCCUCGCGCAUGUAAUCUCCCUGGCCUCGAGGCCGAACGAGAAAAUUUCUGCAUUCUAG